UUGUCACUUAUAUAAGUUACUUUACUUAAAUAACUAAGUAUUUUUAUAACAAUUUUCAAGAUUCUAAAAAUAAAUUAAUCUAUAAUUCAGGUAGCCUUUCAACAUGAAAUUGGAUCAACAUUCUGAUAUGAUAAGUCGUAAUUCCGAAAUAGUCUUUCCACCGGACGUACACGGUGCAUCUGGUUGGCAGGCUUUCAAGUUAUCGUUUAGACGUAUCUCGUUGGUCAGCGAGAGGCAUCCCAUUGUUUUGGAAUAUUUCAACAGCGAAGUGGCAUUGCUCAACGAAAAAAAGCGCCAAGUGUAUUUUUACCCAUAUACCAUUCAUCCUCUGAGUAUAUUUAAGCAGAUGUACGACAUAUUUGCUUUUUUCUUUUAUGGACCUCUGGUAAUUCUUAAGCUAUUAGAUUGGAGCUUCAUAAGCGCCGAAGCGAUGUACAUGAGCAGACCUCUUAUGAUGAUGGUGCUAAUUUUCGAUGUUAUAUCUGGUGUUAACGUCAUUUUGGAAUUUUUUACUGGUUACGCUGUGCCUAAGACAAAGCGUAUCGAGUUAUCUCGUAUAAAAAUUGCAAAAAAGUAUAUAUUUAGUGGCUUAUUUUUUUGUGAUGUGCUCUCUGGCGUUCCGGAAGUAUUCUUUAGCUACCCUUUAAUUCCAAAAAUUCCAUAUCUUAUUUUGAAAACAUGCAUUUUACUGAAACUAAUGCGUAUGAUCACUUUUUUCGUUUCAUUCAAAUCAAUGGCAACUUAUUUCACUAUGGGACCGCAAAAAGUGUUCAUAAUCUCAUUUUUCUUGUUUACUCUUUUUACGAUGCACUUUAUGACAUGCUUGCACGUGGGCGUACCUCAGUACCGCUUCAUAAUGACAGGUCUACAUCACAAAGAGUCAUGGCUGACGCAAGAGUUUAUGAAGCAAGGAUUAAGGACGCAAUAUAUAACUACUUUUUUCAGAACAGCACAAUAUACUAUGUUGAUCAGUUUGCCGAAUAUUAGCAUUCCUUACAAAUUAGUAGAGGAAGUUAGUGUAGCUAGUUUCAACUAUUUCGCUGGAAAAUUAAUGCUCACCGUUACUUGGAUCAUUUUGUUGCACAAUUUUGUAUCUCAAAACUCCGUCAGAAUUAAAUUCAGAGAAGUCAUGAAAGAAUUAGAAGAGUAUAUAAAAGCGAAACAGAUUUCGCAGGACCUGAAAAGACGACUAAUUACAUAUUACACGUACAAAUAUCAGAGAGUGUUCUUUAAUGAACGGUUCAUCAAGAAUAUGUUUUCGGAAAAUCUUAAAAAAGAAAUUGACGUAUUUCUUUGUAAAACGCUGAUUAAUUCGGUUACAAUUUUUUCCAAAUUAUCUCCAAAAGAAGUGGAGCAAGUGGUAGCUUAUUUGGUUCCCGAAAUUUUUCUACCUAAUGAGAUUAUUACACAAUCUGGGACACCGGCAGAGUCUAUGUACUUCUUAGAAAGCGGCACCGUGGCAGUUUUCACUCCAUCUGGAAAGGAAAUAAACCACUUACAAGAUGGCGCUCAUUUCGGUGAGGUCGCCAUCCUUGUCAAAGAAAAACAUCGAAGUGCUUCUGUUGUCGCUAUAGAAAUUUCCAGAGUCUAUAAAUUGAGCAGGAACGACUUUGACAAAUGUUUUCGAAAUAAUGCUAAAGUUUACGAUUCUUUACUGAAAUUGGCUGAGGACCGUUUAAAGAAAGUAAGGGGGCUAGAAGAGAGAUACAAGAAAGAACUGUUUGAAAUGACUUAUAUGUCAUCCAUGAAGAAUAAUACAGAAACUAACGAAAAGGAAUAAUUUACAUUUCAUUUAUUUAACUUUGCAUAAGUUAGUUGUUACUGCAAUAAAUUAUUGCAGCUUUGUUGUUCAAAAUAUUUAAGUUAACAAUAAAUAAGAAUCUAUA